AUGUCAUCAUUGCUACGUGUUGUUACAUUUGUUGCGCUCUUAUCACUUCUGCACAGUGCUUAUUCUGCAGCUCAGCAUCGCUUCUACCUUCGUCUAACUGAACAACCGUUCACUCAACUACCUACUGAUUUGGUGAUACAAACGUUGGUCAGCCUUCUGGUGCUAAUUUACGGUGCUUCAUAUAUUGCUGGUGAUUUCCUGCCGAUUCGAUCUGAUAUUCAAAAUCGUACAAAAUCAUGGGACACUGUCGCGAAUUGUCCCUCAUUCUACACGUUCGAGCAUCGUGCCAAGGCACUCUCGCCAACCUUCAACGCUCUUCGCAAACAAUGUUACGACGAUUCUCCACUUCAGGUUUCAACUGAAAUUAUUCUGCCCAGAAAACCUUUGAAUAAUUAUUCUCUGCUUAAAUGUUUGCAUAAAAUUAUAUCACCGUUUUGA